AUUCCUGAAUGAUGACCAAUGUUCCAUUACCGUUUGCAUUUAGCCGCAUCGUACAGAUCGAGUGAACGUGAUUGUUGUGUGUCUACAAGUUUGACAGAUUAAUUCUUGAGAAUCAGUUUGAAAUAAUAAUUAAUAACCUUUCAUAACAUGGGGAUGGCCGGAUUCAGUGAUGAUCAGCUGACAGAUUUCCAAGAUGCCUUUUCCUUGUUUGAUAGUCGAGGCGAUGGGAAAAUAAGUAUUUCACAGUUGGGUGAUGUGUUACGUGCUCUUGGUCAAAACCCAACUGAAGCAGAAGUGAAGAAAUGUUGUCAUCAAUUGAAACCUGAUGAAAGGAUUGGCUUUGAAGUGUUUUUACCCAUUUUGCAAACUAUCAGUAAAAAUCGCAGUACUGACACAGCUGAAGACUUUAUUGAAGGACUUCGACACUUUGAUAAAGAUGGAAAUGGUUUUAUCAGUUCUGCUGAACUUCGUCAUCUUCUUACUACUUUGGGGGAGAAACUCACUGAUGAUGAAGUUGAACAGUUGUUAGCUGGGCAAGAGGAUUCACAAGGAAAUGUGAAUUAUGAAGAUUUUGUUCGAAUGGUCAUGAGUGGUUGAUCUACAAACCAUUUAUUAUUUAAUGAGGAUUCCAUUACAUGCAUUGCCUGGAAAGAUAUGUUCCAUGUUAAAAAUUAAACUUUUGUUACAUAAAGAAUUUUGUUUACAUACCUUUAUAUUUUAAUAUGCUGCUUCAGUUCUUGCAUUUGAAAUAAAAUUUUAUCUUGUA